UCUCUCGCGCGCUCCCGAAAGCACUCUCGCGAGCGAGGGCGCGCGCCGCAGCAAGAUCCAGGCUGUUGCUCCUCCCGCUUCAGAAGCAGCAGCAGCGGCAGCAGCAGCAGCGGCGGAGGCUCCCUUCUGCUGCUCUGUGAGGAGAAAAAGGAGCCUGGGCAUUGGGACUACGGCGGCGGCGGCGGCGAGGAGGACGAGCCCCGCUAUUCCGCCUGCCUUCGGUCUUGCCCUUCUCACCUGUGACUGAGGCGCCCCCGAAGGGAGGAGGAGGAGCAGCAGCAGCAGGAGCAGCGGCGGCGGCGGCGCCUUCUCCUCCUCCUCCUCCGGGGCUCCUGCCUCGGCGAUGGCGGCGGAGGCUCCUCGGCGGCGGCGGCGGCGGCGGGUGCUGAGUCUGGUGCCGUUCCUGGGCUGCCUCUGGCUGCUGCAGCCCGCCGCCUCUUCGUCUUCUUCUUCUUCCAGGAGCAGCAGCAGCAGCAGCUCCUCCUCGCCUCAACAGAACCCCCCGCCGGCCGCAGGACCCAGUGUGAGGACCUUUACUCCAUUCUAUUUUAUUGUGGAGCCCAUGGACACACUGUCAGUUAGAGCUUCUUCUGUUGUACUAAAUUGUUCUGCCUAUUGUGAAUCAUCUCCAAAAAUUGAAUGGAAAAAAGAUGGGACUUUUUUGAACUUGGGGUCAGAUGACCGACGACAGCUGUUACCAGAUGGAUCUCUAUUAAUUAAUAGUGUAGUGCAUUCGAAGCACAAUAAACCUGAUGAAGGGUAUUAUCAGUGUGUUGCAACUGUGGAAAGCCUUGGGACCAUUGUUAGCAGAACAGCUAAGCUCACAGUAGCAGGGAUGCCAAGGUUCAUUGCUCAACCAGAGUCAGCAUCUGUCUACAGAGGAAACAGCAUAGUUCUUAACUGUGAAGUCAAUGCUGAUCUAGCACCCUUUAUACGGUGGGAGCUAGAUCAUCAGCCACUCUUUCUGGAUGACCGUGUCUUCAAAUUGCCAAGUGGAGCUUUAAUUGUUAGCAAUGCUACAGAUGAGGAUGGCGGAACAUACUGUUGUAUUAUUGAAAUCGGUGGUGCUCCCAAAUACAGUGAUGAAGCAGUGAUUAAAGUUCUUCCAGAAUCUGAAAGUCUGUUAGAUCUGGUGUUCCUGAGACAGCCCUCUUCACUUACCAAAGUGACUGGGCAGAGUGCAAUUUUGCCAUGUGUUGCUGCAGGCAUUCCCACUCCUUUUAUCAAAUGGACAAGAAAUGAAGAAGAGCUUGUCACAGAAAGUUCUCAAAAAUUUUUACUGCUGGCUGGGGGGACUCUGAAGAUAAAUGACAUCACAGAAGAUGAUACUGGAACAUACAUCUGCAUUGCAUAUAAUGGGAACGAAACAAUUGAAACUCAAGCUGACCUUACAGUACAGGCUCCUCCAGAGUUUCUGAAGCAACCUUCUAAUAUCUAUGCUCAUGAAUCCAUGGACAUUGUGUUUGAAUGUGACGUGACUGGAAAGCCAGCUCCAACAGUGAAGUGGGUUAAGAAUGGAGAUGUGGUGAUCCCUAGUGACUACUUUAAAAUUGUAAAUGAACAUAACCUACAGGUUUUGGGUCUGGUGAAAUCGGAUGAAGGAUUUUAUCAGUGUAUAGCAGAAAAUGAUGUGGGAAACAUACAGGCAGGAGCCCAGCUGAUAAUACUUGAUCAUGAUGUUGCCAUCCCAACAUUACCUCCCACUUCACUGACCAGUGCCACUACUGACCAUCUAGCACCAGCUACAACUGGACCCCUGCCUUCUGCCCCUCGAGAUGUUGUGGCUUCCCUUGUCUCUACCCGCUUCAUCAAGCUGACCUGGAGGGCACCUGCAUCAGACUCACAUGGAGAUAAUCUCACCUACUCAGUGUUCUACACCAAGGAAUCUAUAAACAGGGAGCGUGUUGAAAACACAAGUCAUCCUGGGGAAAUGCAAGUGACAAUUCAAAAUCUAAUGCCUGAGACCGUGUAUAUUUUUAGAGUGGUAGCUCAGAACAAACAUGGAGCUGGAGAAAGUUCAGUACCCUUGAAAGUGGCAACACAACCUGAGGUUCAGCUUCCUGGCCCAGCUCCUAAUAUUCGGGCAUAUGCUAAUUCCCCCACAUCUGUCACUGUCAGUUGGGGAACACCUUUAUCUGGAAAUGGUGAAAUCCAGAACUACAAGCUAUACUACAUGGAGAAGGGGACAGACAAUGAACAGGACAUUGAUGUUGGAGGUCUUUCCUAUACCAUCACUAGUUUAAAAAAAUAUACAGAAUAUAGUUUCCGAGUUGUGGCAUACAAUAAACAUGGUCCGGGAGUUUCUACGCAAGAUGUGGUUAUUCGAACACUGUCAGACGUUCCCAGUGCUGCGCCCCAGAAUUUAACUUUAGAAGUGCAAAACUCUAAGAGCAUUUUGAUGCAUUGGCAGCCCCCUCCUGCAGGAACUCACAAUGGACAAAUUACUGGUUAUAAAAUUCGCUAUCGAAAAGUGACUCGCAAAAGUGACGUGAUGGAGAGCAUUGUUGGGACUCAACUUUCCCAGCUGAUUGAAGGUCUGGAACGAGGUACGGAGUACAGUUUUCGCAUUGCUGCCUUAACUGUCAAUGGCACAGGACUAUCUACUGACUGGAUAUCAACAGAAACAUUUGAAAGUGACCUUGAUGAAUCACGUGUUCCAGAAGUUCCAAGUUCCCUACAUGUCCGACCACUUGUAACAAGUAUUGUUGUGAGCUGGACGCCACCAGAAAACCAGAAUAUUGUGGUCAGAGGAUAUGCUAUAGGUUAUGGUGUCGGCAGUCCUCAUGCACAAACCAUCAAGGUGGAUUACAAGCAGCGAUACUACACUAUUGAGAACUUAGAUCCUAGUUCCCAUUAUGUCAUAACUCUGAAAGCAUAUAACAAUGUUGGCGAAGGAAUCCCACUCUACGAAAGUGCAGUGACCAGGGCCUAUACAGACACUUCUGAAGUUGAUUUAUUUGUUGUUAAUGCUCCGUACACUCCAGUGCCAGAUCCCUCCCCCAUGAUGCCACCUGUGGGAGUUCAGGCUUCUAUACUGAGCCAUGAUACCAUACGAAUCACCUGGGCAGACAACUCUCUGCCAAAGAAUCAGAAGGUCUCAGAUGCCCGUUACUACACAGUCCGCUGGAAAACCAACAUUCCCGCAAACACAAAGUACAAGACUGCAAAUACAACCACCUUAAGCUUCUUAGUUACUGGCCUAAAACCAAAUACCUUGUAUGAAUUUUCUGUGAUGGUGACAAAGGGCCGAAGAUCAAGUACUUGGAGUAUGACAGCACAUGGAACUACCUUUGAACUAGUUCCAACUUCUCCUCCAAAGGAUGUGACAGUGGUGAGCAAAGAAGGAAAGCCUCGAACUAUCAUAGUCAACUGGCAGCCUCCAUCUGAAGCCAAUGGCAAAAUUACUGGUUACAUAAUUUACUACAGCACAGAUGUCAACGCUGAAAUACAUGAUUGGGUCAUUGAACCAGUAGUAGGAAACAGACUGACCCAUCAGAUUCAAGAACUGACCCUUGACACGGCAUAUUAUUUCAAAAUUCAAGCUCGCAAUUCCAAGGGCAUGGGUCCUAUGUCAGAAGCUGUACAGUUCAGGACACCUAAAGCUGAAACUUCAGAUAAAAUGUCUAAUGAUCAAGCAUUGGGGUCUGCAGGAAAAGGAAGCCGACCAGUAGAUGUUGGGACAGACUAUAAACCACCCAUGGGUGGAAGUAACAGCCCCCAUGGAAGUCCUUCUCCUCUGGAGUACAAUAUGCUUCUGGUCAUUAUAGUGUCUGUGGGAGUAAUCACCAUUGUGAUAGUAGUGAUUGUUGCUGUUUUCUGCACUCGGCGUACCACUUCUCACCAGAAGAAGAAGCGAGCUGCUUGCAAAUCUGUAAAUGGGUCUCACAAAUACAAAGGGAAUUCCAAGGAUGUCAAACCCCCUGAUCUUUGGAUUCAUCAUGAGAGGCUAGAACUGAAACCCAUUGAUAAAUCCCCAGAUCCCAAUCCAAUUAUGACUGACACCCCAAUCCCACGAAAUUCCCAAGAUAUCACACCAGUUGACAACUCCAUGGACAGCAAUAUUCAUCAAAGACGGAACUCAUACAGAGGACAUGAGUCAGAAGAUAGCAUGUCCACACUUGCAGGAAGGAGGGGAAUGAGACCAAAAAUGAUGAUGCCAUUUGAUUCUCAACCGCCUCAGCCUGUGAUUAGUGCUCAUCCCAUCCAUUCCCUUGAUAACCCCCACCAUCAUUUCCACUCCGGCAGCCUCGCUUCUCCAACCUGCAGCUAUCUUCAUCAUCAGGCAAAUCCAUGGCCAGUUGGCACAUCCGUGUCCCAUUCAGACAGGGCUAAUUCCACAGAAUCUGUUCGGAAUACACCUAGCACAGAUACCAUGCCAGCGUCUUCCUCUCAGACGUGUUGUGCUGAGCAUCAGGAGCCAGAAAGUACUACAGGAUCUUAUCUGCCUGGUAGUCAGGAAGAGGAGACAGGCCAAAAUCUCCCUACUGCCCAUGUUCGUCCUUCUCAUCCUUUGAAGAGCUUUGCUGUGCCAGCAGUACCACCCACUGGGGCAACCUUUGACCCUGCCUUGCCAAGCACACCUUUAUUAUCCCAGCAGGCUUCUAGCCAUCCAGUUCAUUCAGUGAAGACUGCAUCAAUUGGCACUCUGGGGAGAACUCGGCCUCCUAUGCCAGUUGUAGUCCCAAGUGCUCCUGAAGUUCAGGAAACUACAAGGAUGCUCGAAGACACAGAAAGUCAAAAUGAAAAUGGAAUGGGGACAUCUCAGUUUUUGUAGUAACACAAUCCAUCUAAUAACUGUGGCUUUGCUACCAUGACCAAUAUCAGAAUUAUUGGACAUGGUUCCUUCCCCCACUUCCCUCCUGAAACAAUGCAGCUCAUCUUGUCCAGUAACCCUGUUAAAUCUCCUGCAGAAUUAUGAACCGGAUGAGCUGACCAAAGAGAUGGCCCACCUGGAAGGACUAAUGAAGGACCUUAAUGCAAUCACAACAGCAUGACAGCCUUCCCCAAGAAAUGACUCCAGAGCCUGUUUCACAGGUCUUGGGACUUAGCCUUGGAGCACAAGGAAAUGUACAAAGACUAGGGGACAGCACAAGAAGGACAUGCAACCAGCUACAGUGCCAAUGCUGGUUAACUAAGCGACUUUUCUGUUCAUUGCCCUAAAAUGAACCUAUUGGAAAGUUGGAUUCUACGUCUUGCUGAGAUGACAUAAACAAGAGAUGAGGGCGAUGCAUCAGGCUGAUGAGAUCCAGCAUCCAGACAAAGAAGUGGGCUUAACGUUAAUUUGAGUCAGGUUUUGUCUCAGUGCUGUGACCUGCCCUGAUUUUUCAGUGUUGGACAUUUGCAUUUAUGUACAAUUUUGUUUGUGUGUUUUUAUUUUAUUGUAUUUUUUUAUUAAAACAUGUAAUCAGAUUAAAAAAAAACCAAUUUGUGUUGUUUCCCACAGCCUAAACGGAUGUUUGACUGCUUGUUCUAUUGUGUACGGGAAUUCAUUGCCAGUGUGGGUUGUUCCGUUUUUUGUUUUUUGUUUGGGUUUUAUUUUAGUGUGUGUAUAGUUACAUCACUUUCCGGCAGUUAAUCCAUGGCCUUGGGGAUGCUGCAUUGCUAUUUGUAAGCUUUUUUAUUUUUAUAUUAUAAUUAUUAAAAGCCUGACUAGA